AACACAAAAAGCUGUCAGCUCCGGACAGAAGAAAAAGGAAAGUGCACAGAACUGCCCACAGGCGCAGACAUGAGUCCGUGCUCUAGUUGAGCGUAAAAGAGCAUUAUUGGCAUGCGAGGCUGUCGGGACUUAAAAAUCUCAUGUUUUCACCGCGUGAGAAAGCAAUGAACCUGAACGUAAUUUACAAGCGAUAACCAUUCCCAAGUGAUUUCGGACAUUGUCGCUUUUUCUUCUUGUUCUCUAUGUAGUUCGGUGCUUCGCAAUUCUCUAAUGGGGUCCCUUGCUUUAUGUAAUUUGUAACGAGGAGGCCUUAUAAGCUGAGGCUUUUUUGAAGAUUGAGAUAUGGGUCUGAGCAGACCUCACAAAGCUGGCAAUGGGGUCUCCACCAGAUGGGUUUCUAUCCUCUGCAUCGCCAGCUUCUUCUUGGGUGUUCUUGUUGUCAAUAGGUUUUGGGCUAUUCCCAAUCCAGUUACAAUGGAUGAGGAGGCUUUGUCAGUGGAGAAACAUCAAUCAAGCGCUCUCCAUCCCAUAGAGAACUGUGAGAGGAAGGAUUCUUCUGUUCAGGCAGGGGACAUCCUUUCUCGAGUUUCACAAACACAUGAUGUAAUAAUGACCUUAGACAAAACAAUCUCCUCAUUGGAGAUGCAGCUGGCUGCAGCUAGAGCUUCCAAAUCUCAAGAUGCGGAUGGAUCUCCAGCAGUUACACAAUCAGGAAGGGCGCAAUUGAAGGAGCGUCAGAAAGUUUUCUUUGUUAUGGGAAUCAUUACUGCAUUUAGCAGCAGAAAACGAAGAGAGUCAAUCAGAGAGACAUGGAUGCCCCGAGGAGAGGGAUUAAGGAAGUUGGAAAUGGAGAAAGGAAUUAUAAUACGGUUUGUCAUAGGACACAGUGCUACUUCAGGUGGUGUAUUGGAUCGUGCUAUUGAUGCAGAAGAUGAGCAAUAUAAGGAUUUCUUACGAUUGAAUCAUGUAGAAGGAUACCAUGAAUUGUCAUCAAAAACUCAAAUAUACUUUUCAGCAGCUGUUGCUAAGUGGGAUGCUGACUUCUAUAUAAAAGUUGAUGACGAUGUGCACAUAAAUCUUGGUAUGGUUGGUUCUACCCUUGCCCGCCAUAGAUCCAAACCACGGGUUUAUAUUGGUUGUAUGAAGUCUGGGCCUGUCCUGUCACAGAAAGGGAUCAAAUACCAUGAACCAGAGUACUGGAAAUUUGGUGAGGAGGGAAAUAAGUAUUUUAGGCAUGCCACGGGGCAAAUAUAUGCGAUCUCGAAAGAUUUGGCAACAUAUGUUUCUGUUAAUCGGCACAUACUUCAUAAAUUUGCGAAUGAAGAUGUCUCUUUGGGUUCUUGGUUUAUUGGUCUUGACAUUGAGCACAUUGAUGAUAGAAGCCUCUGCUGUGGGACACCCCCUGAUUGUGAGUGGAAGGCUCAAGCAGGAAAUCCCUGCGCCGCAUCCUUUGACUGGAAUUGCAGUGGCAUUUGCAAAUCAGUAGAAAGAAUGGAGGGGGUGCACCAGCGCUGUGGCGAGGGUGAUGAAGCUAUCUGGCACACCAGUUUCUGAAACAGCUCUCCAUUGGUUCUAAUGUGUCUGAAACAACUCAAUCUGCCCCAUUGUUGGUUCUAAUGCCUUGGGACGGUUGGUAUAUGAUUGAAUGAAUUAACCACUGCACAUAGAGAUUCUCCAAGUCAGGAAAUAUAAUGCUAAUUCUUUUGUUCCAGGUUCAA